AUGGAAGCAGAAGAAAUAAAUGAAGGAAAUGAAGAGAAGGGAGUGGAAGAGAAAGUAAAGAGGGAGGAGGUGGAGGAGGAGGUGGUGAAGGAAGCAAAGGAAUUGGACGAAGUGGGAGAAAAUGAAGUAGAGAGGGAGGUUAAGGUUGAUGAGGAGGAAGACGGGGAAGGGAAGGAAAAAGAGCAGGUAGAGGAUGAGGAUGUUAAGAAAGAUGAGGAACCAGAAACGGAGCAAACUGCACAUUAUGACCUCAGAGCACAGUUUAGAGAACACAUGAACGGGAGAAGAAGUGACGACGCGCAUGUUCGGCAAAACCAAAAAAAUACAGUGCAAGAAGACGGAGCAAUAAAAGAGGAAAACAACUUUUUAUAUUCAGUCAAAUUCGAUAAUGAAGAUUCUGACUGGACAGGACCUGAAUAUGAACGUUACAACUCUGAAAGAAUAAAGAAUGAAGACAGGGUUAUUGAAGAACAAUGUAAAGAAAAAGAAGAGGAAAAUGAGAGCGAGAAACGUACAGAUGAGGAAGAAACACUCGCAGAAUCUUGGACAAUGCGUGCUGAAGAUUUUCAAGGCUAUCAAGAAAAGCUUCAAUACGAAGACUCUACAGAUGACGAGGAGGCAAAACAUUCGAUGUAUGAAGAUGCGGAUAGUAAUGAUGAAGAUGUGGUAAAGAUUUACUGCAAAGAUGAUAAUCCCACGGAUGUAUUCCGCACUUUGACAGAGUUCAGGGACUCUUCCAUUCUCACUGACCUAAAUGUGGGCACACAGGAUGGGAAGAGUUUCCAUGUACACUCCCCUGUCCUGGCUGCUGUCAGCUCCCUUAUCAGGGAAAGUCUGAGUAGAAGAAUUAUAGAAAAUGAUGGAGUCGAUAAAAGAAAAGACGAUGAUACAAGUGUUGGAAUCAGCAGGUGGUCGGUAUCUCUGGGUCCACAGGUGGAUCACGUUGGAUUAGAGGCAGUUGUGGAGUUUGCCUACUGUGGACAUAUAUCCUGUCUGAACAAGGACAGAAUGGAACAGAUAAAGGCUGCAGCUCAAACACUUGGUGCACCCAGGGUGCUGGAUCUCUGCACCAAGGUAGAGUACACAAAAACUGGAGAGCAGAAGAAAGGAGAAAGAAUCUCGGCUGCAGAACAAAUGAUGAUCAGUCUUCAGUCCAUCAAACAGCUGUGGGUGGACAGGGUGGGCUGUGAUGUUAUUUUGGAAACUAUUGGUGAAUCACUUCAUGUCCACAGAGUCAUCCUGGCUGUGAGUAGUGACUACUUCCGUGGAAUGUUCAACUCGGGGAUGAGGGAGUCCCAUCAGCCUUGUGUGUCUCUCCCCUUCCUGUUGGCUUCAGAGCUGGAGGUUCUGAUCAGCUGCUCCUAUGGCGGGACUCUGCCCCUCAGCUGGAGGUGUGUCUUUGAGAUCACCAGCACUGCUCUCCAACUCCAGUACCAACCUGCCCUUUCCUUGUGCCUUAACUUCCUGCAACAAGAAAUUAAUCCCCACUCCUGCCUGGAUGUGGUAUCCUUUGCUGAGGCUUACGAGAUGGUGCAGCUUCUCGAAGUUGCGGACGAUUUCGUCUUGCGACAAUUUCAAAAGGUAGCGUGCACCCUAAAGUUCAGGGACCUACCAGUCAAACAACUCCUUAAGUACCUGAACAGUCACUCACUCUGUGUUCCAUCUGAGCUUGUUGUAUUCAAAGCAGUGGUGGCAUGGAUUCAAGCUAAGCCCAAAAAAAGGCUUAAAUUUGUGAAGGAAUUGAUGAAAACCAUCCACUUUCCCCUGAUGACGUUCAAGGAAUUCAAAGAGGUCCAGUCUCUGAUUAUGUGGUCGGAUCACAGCCUGGUCGAGCUCUACAAAGCAGUUUGUGAGGAUUUCUGCUCCAACGAGACUGCACCACAGAGUCAGUGCCGCAUCUAUCUGCCAAAAGAGAGUCUGGUCUUGAUUGGAGGUGACUGGAUCUCUGAAGACCUGGGUAGUCGCAGAAUCAGCAGAGAACUAUGGUUUGGGAAUUCCCUUAGGAACCAUACAGGGAUAAAAAAGGCCAUGGAGUGGAGAAGGUUGGGAGAAAUGCCAGAGCCGGCGAGGUUCAGUCAUGAGGUGGCGGUGCUCAAAGAACAACUGUACGUGUUUGGGGGCAAGAAGUAUUAUGGCAUCAGUGACACCCUGAAUUCUGUUUACAGGUAUGACCCCUGUCAAAACAGCUGGGAGAGCCUAGCUGAAAUGCAGGAAAAGAGAUGCUCUUUCUCUGUGGUUGUGCUGGAUGGAAGGAUAUAUGCCAUCGGUGGACAAUGCAACCCUGAGUAUAUAGAUAGUGUGGAACGAUACUGCCCCACUACAAACUCUUGGAGCUUCACCUGGCCUUUGGAUCUGCCUCUGAGCGGGCACGUGGCAAAAGUUUUACAAGGACAGAUCUUCGUCUCAGGAGGGCUGAACAGCGACUACAGGUGUCUUACCUCAAUGUUUCUGUACCACCCAGAGACAGGGAGCACCUAUCUGGCAAACAUGACUAAACCUCGGGCUCAUCACUGCAUGGAGACCCUGGGUAACCGCCUUUAUGUAGCAGGUGGAACCACCACAGAUGAAAACAUGACCCUUGUUGACCAGCUAGCCUGUGAGGUGUACAGUCCAGCUGCUGACUCCUGGACUGCCUUCACAUCUCUGUCAGUGCCACAUGUUGGAGCAGGAAGUGCAGUUUGGGAGGGAAAGUUUUAUGUGCUGGGUGGAUACAGCCAGGAGGACUACGGUGACACUAAAAUGGUCCAUCGUUAUGAUCCCACCACGCAGACGUGGGAGAACAUGGGCAAGAUGCCUGGGCCGAACAAUGACAUACGAGCAUCUCUGCUGUGUCUGCCACAACAUUUCCGUUUGUGA